CGAGCCCUUCCCGCGGUGCGAUGAGUUACAGCCUGGACACCAUGCUCAGCGCCAGCUCUUACCGCAGGGCGCUGGGGGGAGAUGCGGCCCGCUUGGCCACCUCCCGCUCCCCGGCCUCGCUCUCCAGCAGCGGCUUCUACACGCACAGCUGGUCCCGCAGCUUGGGCUCGGCGCCGUCCUCCAAACGGGCGGCGGCGGCGGGCGGCUUCGGCUCGCUGGUGACCGUCUCCGGCGACAGCCUGGGCGAGACGGCGCUCCUGAACGGCGAGACGCGGGCGCGCAACGAGAAGGAGCUGCUGCAGGCCCUGAACGACCGCUUCGCCACCUACAUCGACAAGGUGAGGAGCCUGGAGCAGCAGAACAAGAACCUGGAGGCCGAGGCGGCGUCGCUGAGGCAGCAGCAGGCGGGCCGCUCCGCCAUCGGGGAGAUGUACGAGCGGGAAAUCCGGGACCUCCGCACCCUGGUGGCGCAGGUCAGCAACGACAAGGCGCAGCUGCAGCUCGAGCAGGAGCACCUGGAGGAGGACAUCCAGCACAUCCGGCAGCGGCACGAGGACGAGAGCCGCCUGCGCGAGGAGAUCGACGCCAGCGUCCGCGCGCUCGCCAAGCACACCGAGGACGCCGGCCUGCUGAAGCUCGAGCUGUCCAAGCGGCUGCAGUUCCUCAGCGACGAGGCGUCCGCCAUGCGCGCCGGCCACCAGGACGAGGUGCGCGAGCUGCUGAGUCAGAUCCAGGGCUCGCCGGUCACCCUGGAGGUCAGGGACUCGCUCAAGUCGGACAUCACCGCCGCCCUGCGCGAGAUCCGCGCCCAGAUGGAGGGCCAGGCCGUCACCACCAGCAGCCAGACCGAGGAGGUCUUCAGGGUCAAGCUGGAAAAGCUCAACCAGGCCGCCAAGGUCAACACGGACGCCAUCCACGCGGCGCAGGACGAAAUCCUGGAGUACCGCAGGCACCUGCAGUCCAAGAACACCGAGCUGGAGACUCUGAAAGGAACCAAAGACUCCCUGGAGAGGCAGAUGUACGAGAUGGAGGACAGGCACAAUGCAGACCUCUCCACCUACCAGGAAGCGGCCCAGCAACUGGAAAACGAAUUGAGGAACAUAAAGUGGGAAAUGGCCGCGCAACUCAGGGAAUACCAAGAUUUGCUCAAUGUUAAAAUGGCUUUGGAUAUUGAAAUUGCAGCCUACAGGAAACUCCUGGAAGGUGAAGAGUCAAGGUUUAUUGGGACACCCCCUUACCCUUACAUAGAUCAUAAAGUUCCUACAUUGCCAAACCAUAUUAAACCCAAGACUGUAGAAAAGCUCAAGCCAGAGGACAAAGGUAAAGAUCUUGUAGAAGAACAAAUGGAUGAAAAGACUGAAGAAACAACCAAAGAAACAGAAAUAGCUGAAGAAGGAAAGGAAGAUGAGGAGAAAACUUCAAAGGAUGAUGAACAGGCAGAAUCUGAAGAAGCAGCAGAGGAAGAGGUUGAAAAAGCAGAGAAGAGUGACCAAGAAACAAAAUCUGAUGAAGAAGCUGUGAAAGAGAAAGACACAACGACUGAAGAAGUUGAAGAGGGUAAAGCAAAAUCAACUGUAAUUGUCAAAGAGAGAGAAAAAAUUAUAGAGGAAGAAGACGAAAAGGAGCAACCAAAGAAAAAGCAAGAAGCAGAUUCUACCAAAGACCAAAAGGAACCAGCAGACAAAAUUAAACCUGUUGAACCUACUCCAAAAGUUAAAGAAGAUAAGGAGAAAGACAAAACAGAAGAGGAGGCAGAACCUAAAGAAACAAAAGUAGAAAAGGAAAAAGAGGCCAAGAAACCUUCUAAAUUAGAUGACGUUGAAAAAGAAAAAGAAGCAAAACCAAAACAUAAGGAUGAAGAAAAGAAAGAGACAAAACCAGAGCCCAAACCUGAGGAAAAGAAAGAGGUGAAACCAGAGCCCAAACCUGAGGAAAAGAAAGAGACUAAACCAGUGCCUAAAGCUGAGGAAAAGAAAGAGACUAAACCAGAGCCCAAAGCUGAGGAAAAGAAAGAGACUAAACCAGAGCCCAAAGCUGAGGAAAAGAAAGAGACAAAACCAGAGCCCAAAGCUGAGGAAAAGAAAGAGGUGAAACCGGAGCCCAAAGCUGAGGAAAAGAAAGAGACAAAACCAGAGCCUAAAGCUGAGGAAAAGAAAGAGGUGAAACCAGUGCCUAAAGCUGAGGAAAAGAAAGAGACAAAACCAGAGCCCAAAGCCCAAGAAAAGAAAGAGACAAAACCAGAGCCUAAAGCUGAGGAAAAGAAAGAGACAAAACCAGAGCCCAAAGCUGAGGAAAAGAAAGAGACAAAACCAGAGCCUAAAGCUGAGGAAAAGAAAGAGGUGAAACCAGUGCCUAAAGCUGAGGAAAAGAAAGAGACAAAACCAGAGCCCAAAGCCCAGGAAAAGAAAGAGACAAAACCAGAGCCCAAAGCUGAGGAAAAGAAAGAGACAAAACCAGAGCCCAAAGCUGAGGAAAAGAAAGAGACAAAACCAGAGCCCAAAGCCGAGGAAAAGAAAGAGACAAAACCAGAGCCCAAAGCUGAGGAAAAGAAAGAGACAAAACCAGAGCCCAAAGCUGAGGAAAAGAAAGAGACGAAACCAGAGCCUAAAGCUGAGGGAAAGAAAGAGACAAAACCAGAGCCCAAAGCUGAGGAAAAGAAAGAGGUGAAACCAGUGCCUAAAGCUGAGGAAAAGAAAGAAACAAAACCAGAGCCUAAAGAUGAAGCUAAAGAAAAGAAAGGCACUUCUGUACCUCAGCCUAUGCCUCAAACGAAGAUUGAAAAAACAGAACCAUCAAAAGAAGAAUCAAAGAAAAGUACAAAAGUAGAACCCACUACACCAGAUCCCACAAUAAAAGUAAAGGAAGCUGAGAAAACAGAAGCUAAAGACAAAGUAACCGAUCAAAGUAAAGAGAGUAAAAAAGAAACAAAGGAUGAAGUAACAGAAACAGUAAAAAAAACAGAAGUGAAGAAAUCUACCCCAGAAUCAACUAACAUUCAAAAAGACAAAGAAGCAGUAAAAGAACAAAUUAGUAAGGAAUCUGUAAAGGCAAAAGUAUCUGAAGUUAAGGAAGAAACACAAGUUAAAGACGACAAAGAGGGAAAGUCAGAAAAGUCUUCCAGUACUAAAGAAGAGACCAAAACAACAGACAAAACUAAAAAAGCAGAGGAAUAAAAGGCAGAACGAUUGUAUUGUGGAGACAAAAGAAUCACCAAAGAAAUGCUAGCUCAAGGAAAGCAGUGAAUAAUAUGAAAAAGUGGUUAUGAUAAUAUUGUACCUUGUUAUGAUACAAGGGUCAGGUAAGCAAUAGGUAUUCACAAGAGAGGCAGUCAAAUGCAUUAUGGUAACUUAUAGAGCAGAAUGUGAUGUAUGCCGAAUGCUAAGCACUUGCACUUGAAGAGUGUGAAUCAUUAUCCUGCCUCAGUAAUAAGUGCAUUUAACAUGACUGAUCAUAUGAGGUAUAUCACCUAAAGAUCAAGUUUAUUUGCUGAUUUAUGUUAAUCAAUUAACACAACAGUCAUGAAUUUAAGUAAGAUAAAA